GUUCAACUGUUAUAUUCUUUUACCUAUUAUUGAUUUAGUGUAAUGUUGUUGCACAUGUUUAUAGAAAUAUCAUAACUACAGUUACAUUUUUAAAAUUAAGAAAGAACUAAAAACUUCUAUAACAAUAAUACAUAUAAAAUCGAUAUUACAUAUGUGAUAUAAAUACGUAGACAUAAAACGAUUUAAAGGUUUUCAGACAAGUACAUACCUGUCAAGAUAAUACAAUGAUAAAGAAUUGAUUUUUUAACCUUAAUUUUUUAACCGACUUCACUUUGUAAAAUUCAGGCAACCACAUAAAUUUACACGUUUGUUUUACUUUUUGCUAUCAAUUUAUUUAAUUAUUAUCGUUUUAAUAUUGAAAAAUGAGUUCUCAUGGUAAAUUACAAACUGAGAAACUAAGAAAAAAUUUAGAAGCACAAUUGGAUAGACUGGUGCAACAAUUAGAGGAUAUAGAAGAAAACCGAAAUUCACUAGACGCUGCUGCUUAUGAAGAAGCUAUGCAACUUACAAAAGAAGAUUUACAGGAAUUCAAUGAAAGUUUACAAAGAAUGAUAUCUGGUGACACAACAUUAGUUGAUCAAUUAGGUGCAAUACAACUAGCAAUUCAAGCAGCAAUUAGCGAAGCAUUCAAAACUCCUGCUGUUAUCAGAAUGUUUGGAAAACGAGAGACAUCACAACUUAGAGAACGAUUAGCUCAAAUUGAUUGUGGUGUAAAACUUGGAAAAUUAAGUAAGGAGGUCAGUGAUCAUCAACGUGCAGAGAUCUUAAAUGCAUUAAGGCAGCUUGGGGAAAAAUUGGAACCUCAAGAAUUACAGCUAUUGGAAAAAUUGAUGCUUAGUAACAUUGACACAACAAGUUAUGUGCAAGUACCUGAUAAUGUAGAGAAAGGUCGAAUGGCUAUGGCAGUGGUAGGUGAUGAAGUCAGAACUCAAAAUACUUGAACUGGAAUAUUUUUUCAUAUAAAUUUAUAAUUUUUUACCAAGUUUAUAACAAUUUACAUAAAUAAGGGAACCAAUUAUGUAAAAAGAUUGAUAAAUUAAUAAUAUAUAUUUCAAUAAUAUUGCUAAAUCAAUAUGUGCGUAUAAAUAUGUGUAUAAAUAUGAAAAUAUGUAUUUUCAAUUUUAAAUAUAACUUAGCUUUAUUGUAAGUAGAUUGGUUGUAAUGUGAAAAAUUUGUAUUUUUUAUUAUUUAAAUUUUGUAGCUGUUCACUCCAUUUUCUUGCUAAUUUUAACUAAAUUUCCGAAAUUGUUGCUUUCGUAAAAAUGUGAUUGAUGACUUAAGACUGAAAAUAAUGUUAACAAUUUUCACCAUAAAUUUAAUUCUAUAAGUAGAAUAUGAAUUAUAUAAUAAGCAAAUAUACAUAGUUUUAUCUUUAAUGUAUCUUGUGCACUAUAAAUCAUAAUUAUGUUUAUUUCUAGCUGCAUUAUAGUACUGCAGUAUAAUGUAAUAAAAUAUGUUUGUUUUAUUUCAAUGUCAUAUCUCACAUAAAUGAUUUGGGAAGAUAAGGAAACAUACAUUUAUUACGCAUGUGAUAUUUUGGAUUGUAUCACUAUUGUUAAUAUGUAUACAUACACAUGUUAUACAAAAAUAUUGCGAAGAAUAUUGUGAUCAGUCACAUAUUUUAUCAAUGUAAAAUUUUAAUAAAUUUGCUUUUAAAUGUAUAAA